AUGGAUAGAUGGUGUGACACCUGGGGAAUAGAGUUUAAUGCUGAAAAGUGUGGAUGGCUCUGCAGAGGCUUUUCCAACCUUGAACUCAACCUGGCAAUUCAGGGCCACAAAAUCCCCAGACUCAAAUCUGUACUAGACCUACGACUGAAAUAUUCACACAACCUAUCAUUUUCAGAGCAUAUCUCGAAUCAAGUGUCGAAAUCACGAAGGCUUAUUGGUUUCCCACUCAGGAACUUCUACAGAAACGAAUCCAGAAUACUACUGUACAAGGUUUGUGUGCGCCCACUCCUAGAUUACUGCUCAUUCAUAUUUAGUAGUACACGCAUAGAAAACAACCUGAAAGUAGAAGGAGUACAGAGUUACUUCACGCGAAAAGUACUCGGAACCGAUAACGGCACAAACUACUCUACCAGAUGUGAAAUCCUGGCACUGGAAACAUUACGGUUAAGGCGACUGCGAUUAAAUCUGGUACUCUUCUAUAAGCUUCUUAACCAAAUAGUGUAUACUCCUGCUAACUAUACUCAGUUCUCAGGUAACACAGGAUACAACCUUAGACACACUAAAGGUACAGUGGCUAUAGAACCGUGUAAAGCAGCCACCAGGCAAAAGUUUUUCUUGGUUAGGUAUGCCCAAAUAUGGAACAAACUACCUGAGAAAACGCGACUAGCAAGCACGUUGGUCUCCUUUGAAAAGACACUUAAUGACACACUAAGUGAGUUUGUAAUUGAUACCAGUGGUAAUUCCCAUGUAAGAGUUUCAGAAAUCAUAGGCCCAUUUAAUGUAUGAACUCAGAGACUACACCUGUUGUUUGUUUUGCCUCUAUUUAUAAUUCCAGACAAAAAAGCAGCAGUCAUGACAAUAACACCCAUUCAAUCAAGAGUCGAUCAAACUAUGUCUACCUGAUACAAAGGGCGAACCAUAACCAACAUACGAAUGAAAUAUGAGAAAACAAGGUAGAAACUUACCGCGACACCACAUGAAAAGAUAAAAGUUACUUGAACAACUGGUCUCCUACCCAAAAAGAAUGCGGCUAUGUUUUAUCCAAAAUGGCGAGGAAAUACAUAAAUCCACAGCUGCUGUUGUAAACACUCAGUGGGGGUAGGAGCCAACAAAGUAAUCCUUUCAAAGCGUAUGUAUACUUCAAAUGGGCACGGAGACUCUGUAGAAUACGUCAUAAUCCCAAUCACUGCCUGUACAGCGCCAAUAAACCUGGAUAUCUAUGGUAUAACGAAAACAUGCUGAAAGCUGCAUCUCAGAUCAAGUUGAUUCAUUCGAUGGUAAUGAUCUGCUCCUGCAUGCCUUAUUCGACAUAUUGAAUGGAAUGGUCCGCGGUUAUUCUGAUACCAGAUCGAAAAGAAUAAAAAAUUCACCGGUUGCUGAAUCAAAAGUACUUCUCUGCAUUAAUAUCAGUAAAACGUUUGAGCAUUGUGGAUUAGAUCAAAUAAAGUAUAAUUAUAUUUUAAUAGUUUACAC